AUGAGCAAUAGAAUCAAGUACAAAGAAGGUGAUAAUGAGGCUGAUCAGAAUGGUAUUGGUAUCGAAGAAGAAGUUGUAGAGGAUUUAAGCGCUCACUUUGGAGAUGAUGCACAAAACGAGGACCCAUUGUCAUCUGAUGACGAUGAAGAGGAGUUUGAGCGUAGAGAAGAGGUUGCAAAUACACUUGGUUGUGAUGAGCUUCUGUAUUUGGGGAAAACGUACGGAUGUGCGUCUGAUUUUAAAGUUGCUUUGCUUAGGUAUUCUCUUCGAUCAAGAUCAGGAUACUCGAAGAUGUUGAAGACUUCUUCUAUUGCCAUUCUCUUUGAGGAAAGACUAAGAAUAAAUCCUAAAUUUACUAGGACAGAGAUGGUGGAUGAGAUACAGAGAGAAUAUAAUCUCACUGUCACUGAGGAGCAGUGUGGAAAAGCGAAGUCUAAGCUUUACAGAGAAAGGAAAGCCAGCCAUGAAGCUCACUUUUCUCGGAUUUGGGACUAUCAAGCUGAGGUCCUAAAAUCUAAUACGUACUCAACUAUAAAAAUUGACACUGUUCCAGGGCCUGUGGUAGGGAGCAAACAGAGAUUUGAGCGCCUAUACAUGUGUUUUACAGCUCAAAGAGAGACAUGGAUUGAAACUUGUAGACCCAUCAUUGGUUUAGAUGGAGCAUUUCUCAAAUGGGAUAUAAAAGGACACUUAUUGGCUGCUGUUGGAAGAGAUGGGGACAAUAGAAUAGUUCCAAUUGCUUGGGCUGUAGUGGAGGUCGAAAAUAACAUAAACUGGGAGUGGUUUGUUAGAUUGUUAAAUGAAGAUUUGGGACUACAAGAUGGCUCCAAAUUCACCAUCAUUUCAGACAAACAAAAGGGCUUAGUGAAUGCUGUUAAAAAUGAACUACUAGAAGCAGAACAUCGAAUGUGUGCAAGACACAUAUUGUCAAACUGGAAAAGAUACAGCAAGGAUCCUGAGUUAGAGCGUAUGUUUUGGAUAAUAGCUGGUUGCUACACCAUAGGAGAGUUCGAAGAUGCUUUAGAGGUACUGAAGAAAUAUAACAGAGGUGCGUGGGAUACUCUUCAACUACAGAACCCGAAAACAUGGAGUAAGGCAUUCUUUAGAGUUGGGUCGUUUUGCAAUGAUAACCUCAACAACCUCUGUGAAUCUUUCAAUAAAACCAUUAGGGAAGCAAGGAAAAAACCAUUACUUGACAUGCUAGAGGAUAUUAGGAGGCAAUGUAUGGUUCGUAAUGCAAAAAGAGCUAUUCUUGCAAAUAGGUUGAAAACACAUUUUACUAAGAAGGUGCACACUGAGAUUGAACUCAACAAAGAGAAAGCUAAAGAUUUGAGAAGGCAUAUAGCUUGUGGAAACGUGCAUGAGAUUGAUGACCAUAGUGUUUCUUAUCGUGUAGACAUGGAUCUCAAAACAUGUGGGUGUAUAAAAUGGCAGCUCACUGGAAUCCCUUGUAUCCAUGCCGCUUGUGUUAUUAGAGCCAAGAAGAUUAGGAUAGAAGAUUAUGUUGCUGGCUAUUACACAGCCCAAAAGUGGCGACAAACAUAUUCCCGUGGGAUUAUACCUGUCCUAGGUAUGAAGUUAUGGCCUCGGUUAAAUAGGUUAGGAGUUUUACCACCACCAUUUAGAGUAGGGAAACGUGGAAGACCAAGUAAUUAUGAUAGGAAGAAAGGGCUUCAUGAAACUUCAUCCAAGGCUACCAAGAUGACACGAGACAGGAGAGUCAUCACAUGCUCAAAUUGUCAUGUUGAAGGUAACAACAAGGUGACUUGUCCUAAUGACACAGUUGAGAGUGCUCCAAAAAGGCUAAGAGGCCGACCAAGAAAGGAUUUGGGAGAAUACUCUCAACCACAAGGACUCUUUCAAGAGUCAUCUCAACCCUCGCAAUUGUGA